UCUCACCGGAAACGUAACCAUGGAGAGAAGGCUAACACAAACUCACCAUUUAGUUAGCGACAAGCUUCUCGCGACGCAUGAUAUUUUGUUCAGGUGUUGACUGCCAGGAAACGUCGUCUUUGCAUUUGAGUUAUUAAUUUAAAGGACAUUUCCCAGACACAUUAUUUCAAAAUUAUCGUUUAUUUACGUGAUUAUCGCUAGUCAGUUAGUUUAUCUGUUGUUUGCGCAUCCUGUGUCGGUUGGUCGAUUUUUUCUAUCGGUAUCUACUGCCAAUUUAACUAUAGAUAAAUCAGUUAUAAUAAUGUUACGACUGCGCGUUUGGCGAUCUGUCCAUUCGUACAUGUGUUUUGUGUGGUAGAUUAGACUCAACUUGGUCACCAUCAUUUCCUUAACACAGGGUCAUGAUUCUCUCUCGUGUGAAACCAGCUGUGGGAGGAGAAACUGCAGGGAGCAUCAAUGAGAAAAAGAAAAAAAACAAAACAAAGAGCCCUUGUUUGGAGGACUACCUACAACAGAGGGACUAUCUUGGGGCCCUGACCUUGUUGGAUUUUCAGAAAAGUAUUGGAAAGCCAGAGGAGCAUGCUGACCUAUGGAUCGGCUACUGUGCUUUUCAUUUAGGUGAUCACAAAAGAGCUAUGGAGGAGUACAAGGCACUGACGAACAAUCCUGACUGUCCUCCUGAUGUUUGGGUCUAUUUAGCCUGCACCCUGUUUCUUCUGGGGCUCUAUAAAGAGGCUGAAGAAGCUGCAUCUAAGGCUCCAGUAUCACCACUCCAGAAUCGCCUUCUUUUUCACUUGGCUCACAAGUUUAAUGAUGAGACAAAGCUGAUGGGUUUCCACCAGAACCUGGAGGAUGUGACCGAGGACCAGAUGAGCCUGGCAUCCAUUCACUACAUGCGUUCUCACUACCAAGAGGCCAUAGAUAUUUAUAAACGCCUCCUGCUGCAGAACAGAGAUUUCCUGGCCCUGAAGGUUUAUGUGGCUCUGUGUUACUACAAGCUGGACUACUAUGAUGUGUCUCAGGAGGUUCUGGCUGUGUACCUGCAGAGCAUCCCUGACUCCACCAUUGCCCUUAACCUUAAGGCCUGUAACCACUUCAGGGUCUACAACGGCAAAGCAGCAGAGGCUGAACUGAAGAACCUAAUCGACAUAUCUUCCUGCUCCUUUGAGUUUGCUAAGGAGCUUAUCCGGCACAACCUGGUGGUGUUCCGUGGUGGGGAGGGGGCUCUGCAGGUGCUGCCUCCUCUGAUCGAUGUGAUUCCCGAGGCAAGACUCAACCUUGUCAUCUACUACCUCAGACAAGAUGAUGUCCAAGAGGCUUACAAUCUCAUCCAAGAUUUGGUGCCAACUACACCUCAGGAGUAUAUCCUGAAAGGAGUGGUAAAUGCUUCACUAGGACAAGAAAUUGGAUCAAGAGAGCACUUGAAGAUCGCACAGCAAUUCUUCCAGUUGGUUGGAGGCUCGGCCAGCGAAUGUGACACUAUUCCUGGCAGACAGUGCAUGGCCUCCUGCUUCUUCCUCCUGAGGCAGUUUGAAGAUGUGCUUAUAUAUCUCAACUCAGUCAAGGGUUACUUCUACAAUGACGACACCUUCAACUUCAACUACGCUCAGGCUAAAGCAGCACUUGGCAACUACAAAGAAGCUGAGGAGCUUUUCCUGCUUAUUCAGAGUGAGAAGAUGAAGAACGACUACAUUUACCUCAGCUGGCUGGCCAGAUGCUACAUUAUGAACCAGAAGGGUCAACUCGCCUGGGAGCUCUACCUGAAGAUGGGAACUUCCUCAGACUCCUUCAGUCUGCUGCAGCUCAUUGCCAACGACUGCUACAAGAUGGGCCAGUUUUUUUAUGCAGCCAAAGCUUUUGAUGCACUUGAAAAGCUGGACCCUGAAUCUAAUUACUGGGACGGCAAGAGAGGGGCCUGUGUGGGUGUUUUCCAGCUCAUCCUGGCAAACAAGGAACCUAAGGAUACAUUGAAGAAGGUGGUGCCACUGCUGCGAAAUUCAGGAAACCCCCAAGUUGAAUACAUCAUCCGAACUAUGAGGAAAUGGGCCAAAGACAACAGAGUCCUUCUGUCAUGACAAACGCAUUCACCAUUCACCUCAUUACAGGCCUACAUCAGGAGUCACGAAUCAGCAUUACCAUGUGUUUAGUCAAACCCUAAGACAGCAAAACAGUCAUAUUUAACAUACUAUAAAGUGGUUUAAGAUGGUUAAACAAAAAUGAGAAUAUUUUUGAUAUUAAAAUGUGGAACUCUUACCUCUUAUAUUAAAAUACACGUUUUACACAUACCAUUAAUUAAGUGCAAUUUUCAAUAAACUUGUAUAUUUGUAUUCAAUGUGCAGCAAACUGGAUAAGUAGUCUUUUUUUAGUUUAUAAAAGAAGAAAUUUAAUGCAACAACAGGUCAUAGUUUAUGCAGAACCAAAGAGAAAACACACUUCCAGUUUACAUGACAAAUGUACCUUAAGUGAGCAGUUGGGUGGAGUGUGAUUUUACAUUUAAAGUGAGCAAAUUUAAAGCAAACUGUCAGGAUAUUCUAGGUUGAAGCAGGUAAAAGUAAAACUUUUCAUGGCUUUUUACAACACGUAAAGUUCAAUUUUAUUAAAUACUGGGACAUGAGCAGUGUUAAGGAUUGGCUGAUUAUGUCUAGUUUUCAUCAUUGGAAAUUUAAAAUAUUUUUUGAGAGCUGUUGCUUGGAAUCUUAUUCAAACUCUGAUUGUGGUAUAGUUUUUUUAUGUGUCGUGUUACUGCAGAAACUUGAUGAGUUCACGGCAUGGUUCUUGAACCGUUGCUAGUUCCUACAUGAGUUCAAGAAUUUUGACGUUAUUUCUUAAACACUAGCUCCUGUAGUCUUUUAUUCAGCUAAAACUCUUUCAAAACAUUUAACUACUAUUUAUUCUUUAUAUGAUUGAAUAUUGUCAUACAUUGUACAUUGUAUAAAAUAAAUAACUUGAACUGA